AUGUCUGGCGCCUCUGCCGCCCUUGCUGCCGAUGGUGACAGUACUGUUCGCUCACAGUGGACCACACGCGAUGCUACUACCCGUCUUGCUGUGCGUAGUCACCUGCCGUCCUCUGAGCGCGCGAACUUUAGUCAGUACAAGAGUGCUAAGACCUUGGACCACUUCCUCUCUAUUUGCCCCACCACACUCACCGUUGACCUCCCCGAGGAGCGCCUCCUUGCAGCUGAGAAGAGCAUAGUCGCUGUAGGAGCCUCUCUUGGUGACCCUCGUGCCCCCUUCUUUGAGGGGUGCUCCCCCGUUCCCCUUUUGCCCUCUGUUGCCUCUGCUGCUGCUGUCGACCUUGUUGGCACCGAGUCGGUCGGUGAUGCGUCUGCCCCUAGCGGGAGACGCCGCAACGGCAAGGGCACUGGAGGAGCUGGCGGGGGCGGUGGUGGUGGCGGUGGAGGCGGCGAAGGGGGUGGGGGUGGCGGUGGGAGUGGUGGCGGGGGUGGGGGCUCCGGUGGCGGCGGUGGAGGCGGAGGCGGCGGCGGCGGCGGUGGCGGUGGGAGCGGAGGAGCAGGCGGUGGAGGCGGUGGCGGCGGCGGUGGUGGAGCUGGUCGGGGUGGCUCUGUGCAGCGGGGAGGCUUCGGUGGUGGUCAGCGCCAGCAGCAGCGCACUCGUGAGACCCCGCCCCCCCAGCAACUUCGUGAGUGGUAUGCUACGCGUCAGCAGGGUGGGGGUGCUGGUCCCUGUGCCUACGUCCUGCGUACCGGCGACCGAACUGGUGAGCCGUGCGGCGGCCCGCACACCACCGCACUUCGGCCGCCUGACAAACGCCUGGCGUCUCCAGUUCCCUGA